AUAUGAUGUCACUAAACACAAAGCCUAUAUAAAUAACAAUCUACACAAUACAAAUUAUCAUAAGUACCAGUUCAAGAAUCUAAACAGUACAUUAGAAGGUCAUUCCCUAGUCAUUAUUAGGCAAGGAUCAUUCACAAACUUGACGAUCAAGAUGGCAUCCACUCAAAACAAUACAACGGAUCUUCUGGAGAAGCUAAAGCAAGAGCUGAGAGCAGGCGAUUCUUGGGCAACUCCCAAAGUUGCUCUGAUCUGUGAGGAGAUAGAUAAAGCAUUUUGGAAAUGUCAAGACAAGGCAGAAUUUACACAGUUUUUCUGUGAUUGUGGUGGACCAGAGCUCCUUGUUUCUAUUCUCAAGAAGUUUGAUGAGGAUGGGCUCUUCAGUGCCUGGGAGACUGCUUCCAUUAUCUACAACUGUCUAUGCAACAUGAGUGAGGCCAGCCUACCACUGUCUGUUCAGCUUGGACUGCAGGGCAUGGUGAAGCUAUGUGCCAACAAUAUUGUGAAAUAUGCAGAGAAGAUGCACCUGAAGGAUGUACAGGAUCUGGUUCGGAUUUCACUGAGCAUCCUCUGUAACCUGUCGACCGCACCCAACAACCGAGUGAUCUUCAGGCAAGAGGGGGUGGCGGAGAAGAUGCAGCCGUACCUAGCUGGGGACCCUUUUCUCAAAUCCAUCUGCAUGAUUACACUUUCAUGCAUCGCAGAAGAGGGGCAGGAAGCCACCUUGGCUCAACAAGGAACAGACACAACAGAAUACCUGGUAAGGAUACUCAAGGAUGCCAUCAGGAGUCCGGACAGGAGAUACAGAGGUCUGUGUGAUAGAGAGAUAGCUCUAGCCCUUGGACGGCUGGCUGUACACGAUGGCAACAAAUUCAAGAUCAUUGAAGGAGGAGGACUCCCCCUUCUGGUGGAGAUGCUCAAGUUCGACAACGCACACUCUCAACAGGCUGCAGCCGAUACCAUCAAGGCACUAGCUUUGUCUGCUGGCCUGCGUCAAAGGUUACAGGAAGACGUAGACUGUAUGAGGGCACUAGAAUCACUUAGUCAGUCUACAGACACUAGCAUAUCAGACGCUGCGAAAGGGGCAUUAUGGGUAAUCAGGCAUGGAUGAACUUCUGAGGAUUGGAAAAUGGGGAGUGGGAGGGGAAGAGUGUGUGAAAGCAUAGGAACUAAGAUUACAAGAGUGGCAUAAAACAUACCAAAAAAUACAUUGAAUAUAUGUAAUAGUAUGUUUUGUGUUUGUUCUAAAUUACUGAUUGAUAUGGUUUGUUGUUUCCUAUUGUUUACUAUGUUUAAAUUCCAAAUGUAACUAGGGGAUCACAAUACAUUUAUGUUACCAGAUUUAGCUGUAGUAAGACAACAUAUUUGACUUAUUAAAUAAUCUGUGAAAUCACCUUUCCGAGGGGGGAAUCAUCUCUUAUCCUGAGAACAAAUGUAGGUCCCUGACAGUGUACCAGUGCUGUUCAGUCACUAACUUGAACUUGGCCAUCUUUAAAGGGCAAAACAGUUCAAAACAUAUUUCACCUCUCAAAACCUGUUCUAUAAUUGGCUCCAUUCCUGGCGGAAGAACUCUCUCGGAAGACACCAUAAAAUGACCAUAUCCAACCCUUUUCCUUUCUCUAAAUUCCCCUCAGUUUUCCUGACUUCUGUGGUUAAAAUGUUACUCCAUGUACAUGGUACACCAUAUGGUGGAGUUUAAUUUAAUGCUUCCCAUCGCCCCUCUCCAUCUAAACCAUCUUUGUACUGAUGCAUAGAGCCAUGCUUACCGUUCAUCAGUUUCAUGUGUAGUGGUCAGGAAAAUCCCUUCUUGAUGAUAACCAGAGAUGGUGAUGACUAAACAAUUUCUUUGCAUGCAAUGGUCAUUUUAUUCAACUUCGAUGUCACAUACAUGCAGAUGGCCAGUAAACUAAUAAGUAUCUUUCAAUGCCUAUGGGUCCAAAUGGUCAUUCUAAGAUUCAUCAAACUGGGAAUAUAAAUAAUCAUCAAAAAGGGAAAUAUAUAUGAUCAAAUCAGCUAUUUCUGAUCAUUCAUCUUCCUGACACAACAAAAAAUGCCAUAAUUUCUUAUUGUCCAUUGUCACGCGAUACCUUGUACUUCUAUUAAGUGAUAUCGUGGGAUUAACUACUGUUAAACUUUGGUUUAGGAUAUGAAGAUGAUACAUCUAGUUUUGAACUUGAGUUUUAACAACUCUACUAGUUAUUAUAAAGACUACUUAAAUGACUCUUCAUGAUGACGGCAGCACUUGGCAUAUGUGACUUUGUGUUAGUUAUUUAGUUUUAAUCAAUCCUCUUAAAAGUCUACUGCUAAAAUUUGUUUGCGUUUCUCCAGAUUUCAUAGAUCUGUUUAUGUAUUCCUCAGAUAUUACACUGGUAGCCAAUGAUAUCGAACCUAUAUGUACAAUUAAUGUACAUGAGUCCUUAAUUAAAAAACUUUUGAGUGACAUAGAAUUUAUACCAUUCUGUUAUGAAUGUGGAGAGUGUUAUUAACUUGCUCAAGUUCAGACUUGUGUAUGCGUAAUAGCAAUACGAUUUCAUUCAGUCAUAUCCAAAAUAUUUAUCUCAAAUAGUGACCCAUGGUUUAUUGCAUCAAGGUGAAAGAAUUUUCCUACUUUACACCAGUUUCUUAAAAAAAUUAAGAUAGAGGAAAGAUUACUCAUGUGGUCAGUGUUUUGGGCUUGUUGAUAUUUCCUCUCAAUUCACAGUGAGUAAUUCACAGGGUCACAGAGACUAAUCAUAAACACUUCUCUAUUCUUUUAUUACUUUUGCUGUUAUUGACUAAAAUUCCCUUUGAAAUCAGAGAAAAUGCAUGCUGAUAUUGUGUUCAUUCAUUGUCGAUGCAAGUAGAAAAAAUGUCUAUCAAGUCAGGUCCAAUUACCACACAGAAGCAAUUUUCCUAUUAAAGAAGAAAAUAAUUAACAAGGAUGUUAUUGUUUUAGUAAAUUUCCUUUUUCAAUUAUCCCUUGUCCUCUUUAUGGCUUUAUAAAUUGAUGAAGCCUUUUUUAUUUUCAUAGUCAAAAAAGAGUAAAAAUCAUUUAAAUUUGUACACUCUCUGUUUUUCAUCUCUUCUCUCUUUACCUUUUCAAUUUGUGUCAGACUUAUGUUUGAUGAAAUUCUCAUGGUGCAAAACUUGACAGGGUAGGAGAGCCAUAAAGAAUAGUUAGCUAUCUCCUUCCACGACAGCCGUGCUUUCUGAGAAUUGCUUUGCACGUUUUGAGAAUUGCUUUUUGAUUCAUGUCUAAUUGUUAUAUCUCACAACAUCAUUUCAUCAAUGUUUUUACUGUGAAAUUGCCAAAUAAAUGAUGAUAAUAAUUGA